AUGAGACCUAAAUUGGGAACGACAGCAGAUUGGCCAAGGAAGCAGGCGUUGGUCAAGCCGGAGACUGUACUGACAUCAAGGCAAGAACGGUGGGUGAGGGCUUUGGCACCAAAGUGUCGUCCGUGGAAAGCCAAGGUAGAUCGGAAUGGUACGCAGGCGAGGUUGCGACGUCAGAUGAAUAUUUUACAUGUAACGGGUGCGUUGACUAGUGUGAUGCAGAAGCAAUAUGUGGCAGCGGCUACAGCACACUUUCAGAUAAUGAAGGAACGUGUUGAGCGGAUGCAUAAGGAGGAUGAGUUGGGUCUGGUUGAGAAGCGUAUUUUGCCGAGGAUUCCAGAUGUGUUAGCACCAGUGGAUUUACCGGUGGGUGACAUAGACAUAGACCCAGGUGGUUUAAAUAAGGACUUCCGGUCGUUUGAUGAAGGACCGUAA